AUGGUGCUUCUGUUGGAACAGUCUGAGGAAAGUAUAUGCAACAUGAGUUUUAUCAUGAAGCUGCACAGACACUUUCAAAGGACAGUGAUUCUGCUUGCCACAUUCUGUAUGGUGAGCAUUAUUAUUUCUGCUUACUACCUGUACAGUGGCUACAAACAGGAAAAUGAACUGUCUGAGAUGGCUUUAGAAGUAGAUUGUGGGGACUUGCAGCACCUACCAUACCGGCUGAUGGACGUGAAGCCAGCGAAGCUCUCUGAUGCCUCGAGGACAGACACCACAGUCCUGGUGUUUGUGGAGAGCCAGUACUCAUCGCUUGGUCAAGACAUCAUUAUGAUUCUAGAAUCCAGUAGAUUCCAGUAUCACAUUGAAAUUGCUCCUGGCAAAGGGGAUCUUCCAGCGCUUACGGAAAAAUCUAGAGGCAAAUAUAGUCUCAUUAUUUAUGAGAACAUUUUAAAGUAUAUACAUAUGGACACUUGGAAUCGAAGUCUUUUAGAUAAAUACUGUGUUGAAUAUGGUGUGGGUGUCAUUGGAUUCCACAGAACUAGUGAGAAGAGCCCACAGAGCUUUCAGUUGAAAGGCUUCCCUUUUUCUGUAUACGGAAGCCUUGCAGUAAAAGAUUGCUGUAUUAAUCCUCAUUCUCCAUUGCUUCACGUGACCAAAUCUUCUAAGCUUGAGAAAGGUUCUUUACCUGGAACUGACUGGACUGUUUUCCAGAUUAAUCACUCAGCCUACCAACCAGUAAUAUUUGCCAAAGUAAAGACCCCAGAAAAUCUGUCUCCUCCCAUCUCUAAAGGUGCUUUUUACGCCACUGUCAUACAUGACCUGGGGCUCCAUGAUGGAAUUCAAAGAGUUCUCUUUGGCAACAAUUUGAACUUUUGGUUGCACAAGCUUAUCUUCAUAGAUGCUGUUUCCUUCUUGUCAGGGAGGAGGCUCACUUUGUCCUUGGACAGGUACAUUCUCGUGGAUAUUGAUGAUAUUUUUGUGGGAAAGGAAGGAACAAGAAUGAACACCAAUGAUGUUAAGGCCCUGCUUGAUACUCAGAAUCUUUUGCGUGCACAAAUCACAAAUUUUACUUUCAACCUGGGAUUUUCAGGGAAAUUUUACCAUACAGGAACUGAAGAGGAAGAUGAAGGGGAUGACCGUCUUUUGGGGUCUGUUGAUGAGUUCUGGUGGUUUCCACAUAUGUGGAGCCAUAUGCAGCCCCACCUCUUCCAUAAUGAGUCAUCUUUGGUGGAACAGAUGAUUCUCAACAAAAAGUUUGCCUUAGAGCACGGCAUUCCUACUGACAUGGGCUAUGCAGUGGCCCCUCACCAUUCAGGCGUCUAUCCUGUACAUGUUCAGCUAUAUGAAGCCUGGAAGAAGGUUUGGAAUAUUAGAAUCACCAGCACUGAAGAAUAUCCACACCUGAAACCAGCUAGAUACCGGAGGGGCUUCAUCCACAAAAACAUCAUGGUUCUUCCAAGACAGACCUGUGGGCUUUUCACUCACACAAUUUUCUAUAAAGAAUAUCCAGGAGGUCCUAAAGAGCUGGACAAGAGUAUCCAGGGAGGGGAACUUUUCUUCACUGUGGUCCUCAACCCAAUCAGCAUUUUCAUGACCCAUUUGUCUAACUAUGGGAAUGACCGGCUAGGAUUAUACACAUUUGUCAACCUGGCCAACUUCGUGCAGAGCUGGACCAACUUGAGACUUCAGACUCUGCCUCCAGUGCAGCUGGCUCACAAGUAUUUUGAGCUCUUUCCUGAUCAAAAAGACCCUCUCUGGCAGAAUCCUUGUGAUGACAAACGCCACAGAGACAUUUGGUCUAAAGAAAAAACCUGUGAUCGCUUACCAAAAUUCUUGGUAAUAGGACCCCAGAAAACUGGAACCACUGCUUUGUAUUUGUUCCUGGUUAUGCAUCCUUCCAUCCUUAGUAACUCCCCCAGCCCAAAAACCUUUGAGGAGGUACAGUUCUUUAAUAGAAAUAACUACCACAGGGGGAUUGAUUGGUAUAUGGAUUUCUUCCCAGUCCCAUCUAAUGUUACCACUGAUUUUCUAUUUGAGAAGAGUGCCAACUACUUCCACUCAGAGGAAGCUCCUAAAAGGGCGGCUUCUUUGGUCCCCAAAGCCAAGAUCAUCACCAUUCUCAUUGACCCAUCAGACCGAGCAUAUUCCUGGUACCAGCAUCAGCGAUCACACGAAGACCCUGCGGCUCUGAAAUUCAGUUUCUACGAAGUGAUCUCAGCUGGGCCCCGUGCACCCUCCGAGCUGAGAGCCUUGCAGAAGAGAUGUUUGGUCCCAGGGUGGUAUGCCAGCCACAUUGAGAGAUGGCUUGUUUAUUUCCCCCCCUUUCAGCUGCUAAUUAUUGAUGGGCAACAGCUAAGAACUGAUCCUGCUACAGUGAUGGAUGAAGUACAGAAGUUUCUAGGAGUCUCUCCUCAUUAUAAUUACUCAGAAGCAUUAACGUUUGAUUCUCAUAAAGGUUUCUGGUGUCAGUUACUGGAAGAAGGUAAAACAAAAUGCCUUGGAAAGAGCAAAGGAAGAAAAUACCCUCCAAUGGAUCCUGAUAGCAGAGCAUUUCUAUCCAGCUACUAUCGUGACCACAACGUGGAACUCUCCAAGCUGCUGCACAGACUGGGGCAGCCUCUGCCAUCCUGGCUGAGGCAGGAGCUGCAGAAAGUGAGAUAG